CCCCGCCCCCGCCUCCGUUGCCGGGCAACCGCCGCUGCCUUCCCGGCUUGCCUCGGUGCCGCUCGCCGUCGGGCUUCCGUCCGGCCGCCGCCAUCUUGUGCCGGGCGGGUGCGCAGCCGGAGGCGCCGCCAUGGAGACAGCUGGGAACCGAAGAUCAGCCUCACAGGCCUGUGAAUGGGUGGUCUCUAGUGGUGACAGCAGGCCACUGAGAACUGAGAGCCCUUCUCUGGUCAAGAUGGAUGAUACAGGAAAUCGACUGCGGUUCCAGCUGGAGUUGGAGUUUGUUCAAUGUCUGGCUAAUCCAAAUUACCUUAACUUCCUUGCCCAGAGAGGCUACUUCAAAGACAAAGCUUUUGUAAAUUAUCUUAAAUAUUUACUGUAUUGGAAGGAACCUGAAUAUGCAAAAUACCUAAAGUAUCCUCAGUGUUUGCAUAUGUUAGAGCUGCUCCAAUAUGAACACUUCCGCAAAGAACUGGUAAAUGCUCAGUGUGCUAAAUUUAUUGAUGAGCAACAGAUUCUUCACUGGCAACACUAUUCACGGAAAAGAAUGCGCCUCCAGCAAGCACUGGCAGAGCAGCAGCAACAGAACAACACCUCAGUAAAAUGAAAAACACUCUGCAGAGUGACAAGGUGGUACUUUGUAUCACUUCAAGUACUUACAAGAGAGGACUCUUGGUAGGUUUGGCUGUGUGUACAUAAAUAUAUAACUUUACCUCCUCAUUUCUGUUGCUAAGGUCUUUUUGAUUUAUCAAGUGACUAGGCUUUUUUUCUUCCUGUAACUUUUAUCAACAUUUUAAAGAUGUAAGACUAAUAAAGUCAUACUUCUGUAAUUUAUUCUGUAGCAUAAA